AUGGGGAAGACGAAGAAACCUCGGGCUUCGGAGGAAAAUUUAGAGGUAGAAGAUGAAGAAAUUGAAGAAAAUCAGGAGAGUUUAUCUGGAUCCUCUUCUUCUUCAAGCCACAAGAGCUUAUAUGAUAUUCUUGGGGUGGAAAAAACAGUAAACCAGCAGGAAAUAAAGAAAGCUUACUACAAGUUGGCUUUGCGCCUACACCCUGAUAAAAAUCCCGAUGAUGAGGAGGCCAAGGAAAAAUUCCAGCAGCUGCAAAAAGUGAUAUCCAUUCUUGGUGACGAUGAGAAACGAGCAGUCUAUGAUCAGACUGGUUGUGUUGAUGAUGCUGACCUAGCAGGAGAUGUCAUCCAGAAUUUGCAGGCAUUUUUCCGAGCAAUGUACAAGAAGAUCACCGAAGCUGAUAUUGAAGAGUUUGAAGCAAACUAUAGAGGCUCUGAUUUGGAGAAAAAAGAUUUGAUUGAAAUGUACAAGAAGUACAAGGGAAACAUGGGCAGGCUUUUCUGCUGCAUGCUUUGCUCAGAUCCUAAGUUAGAUUCACAUCGAUUCAAGGAUAUUAUUGACGAGGCAAUUGCUGCAGGAGAGCUCAAGUCAACCAAAUCAUAUGAAAAAUGGGCUAAACAGGUGUCAGAAACAAAACCACCUGCAAGUCCAUCGAGACAGAGAAAGAAGUCAGUGGAAAAUUCAGAGGAUUUAUAUGCUAUAAUCGCAAAGCGACAAAAUGAGAGGAAAGGCAAGAUUGAUUCAAUGUUCUCAUCUCUUGUUCAAAAAUAUGGAGGCGGCGAUGUAGUCCCUGAACCUAGUGAAGAAGAAUUUGAAGUUGCUCGAAAAAAGCUUGAAAGUCGGAAAAAAUCAUCCAAACGUAAGUAG